GCCUUUGUUUCCUCCUCUGGCGCGCUACGCGGCUGCACCGGCCCCAUGCGCUCGCGGACCCCCGGCGCCUCGGCCGCCCGCAGCCGCUGACCUGCCCUCCCCUGCCCUUGCCAUGGCCGAAGCUACCUCUGGAGCUGGGGGCACGUCCCUGGAGGGCGAGCGGGGCAAGAGGCCCCCGCCAGAGGGCGAGCCUGCAGCCCCGGCGUCCGGAGUUCUGGAUAAGCUUUUUGGGAAGCGGCUCUUGCAAGCGGGUCGAUACCUGGUGUCCCACAAGGCUUGGAUGAAGACUGUGCCCACGGAGAACUGCGACGUACUGAUGACCUUCCCAGAUACAACGGAUGACCACACGCUGCUAUGGCUGCUGAACCACAUCCGUGUGGGCAUCCCUGAGCUCAUAGUGCAAGUCCGCCACCACCGCCACACGCGUGCCUAUGCCUUCUUCGUCACCGCCACAUAUGAGAGCCUACUCCGAGGGGCCGACGAGCUGGGUCUGCGUAAAGCAGUGAAGGCUGAGUUUGGAGGGGGUACCCGCGGCUUCUCCUGCGAGGAGGACUUUAUCUAUGAGAACGUGGAGAGUGAGCUACGCUUCUUCACCUCCCAGGAGCGCCAGAGCAUCAUCAGAUUCUGGCUUCAGAACCUGCGAGCCAAGCAGGGUGAGGCACUGCACAAUGUACGUUUCCUGGAGGACCAGCCAAUCAUCCCUGAGCUGGCGGCCCGUGGGAUCAUCCAGCAAGUGUUCCCGGUCCAUGAGCAACGCAUCCUGAACCGCCUUAUGAAGUCAUGGGUGCAGGCUGUGUGUGAAAACCAGCCCCUAGAUGAGAUCUGCGACUAUUUUGGUGUGAAGAUUGCCAUGUACUUUGCCUGGCUGGGCUUCUAUACGUCGGCGAUGGUAUAUCCAGCUGUCUUUGGCUCUGUCCUGUACACAUUCACAGAAGCCGAUCAGACAAGCCAGGAUGUAUCCUGUGUGGUCUUUGCCCUGUUCAACGUUGUCUGGUCAACACUAUUCUUGGAAGAGUGGAAACGGAGGGGGGCAGAGCUGGCCUACAAGUGGGGGACACUGGAUUCACCAGGGGAAACCGUGGAGGAGCCACGACCCCAGUUCAGGGGUGUGCGACGCAUCAGCCCAGUGACACGGGCCGAGGAGUUCUACUAUCCACCCUGGAAGCGGCUGUUCUUUCAGCUGUUUGUGAGUGUUCCCUUAUGCCUCACCUGCCUGGCCUGCGUGUUCCUGCUCAUGCUCGGCUGUUUCCAGUUGCAGGAUCUGGUGCUGAGUGUGAAGGGGCUGCCCCGCCUUGCCAGGUUCCUGCCCAAGGUCGUGCUGGCCCUGCUGGUCAGCAUAAGUGCAGAGGGCUACAAGAAACUUGCCAUAUGGCUCAAUGACAUGGAGAAUUAUCGGCUGGAGAGCGCCUACGAGAAGCACCUCAUUAUUAAGGUUGUUCUGUUCCAGUUCAUCAAUUCCUACCUGAGCCUCUUCUACAUUGGCUUCUACCUCAAGGACAUGGAGCGCUUGAAAGAGAUGCUGGCCACUUUGCUGAUCACCCGCCAGUUUCUUCAGAAUGUUCGCGAGGUCCUACAGCCACACCUAUACCGGCGGCUGGGCCGAGGCGAGCUCAGCCUGCGGGCCGCUUGGGAGCUGGCCCAGGCCCUCCUUGGCCUGCUCAGCCUUCGGCGCCCUGCACCCUGCCACCUUGAACCCCAGGCCGAAGAGGCUGGUGGCAGUGGUGGCGGAGGGGGCCGCAGGUGUCUCAGCGGGGGCUGCGGGGCACCCGAGGAGGAGGAAGAGGCCACAGUGGAACGGCGGCCCACAGGGGAAGGUGGGGAGGUGAGGAACGGGUUGAGGGGGGCCAAGGAGGAGGAGGAGGACGACGAGGACGAGGAGGAAGAGGAGGAGGACGAGGACGAGGGUGAGGAGGGCGGCCUCCUGGACUGCGGGCUCCGGCUAAAGAAGGUCAGCUUUGCUGAGCGGGGGGUUGGGCGGCAUCAGCCUGGCCCAAGUCCGGAAGCCCUCCUGGAGGAGGGGAGCCCCACGAUGGUGGAGAAGGGGCUGGAGCCGGGCGUGUUCACACUAGCCGAGGAGGAUGAUGAGGUGGAGGGGGCUCCUGGCAGCCCUGAGCGGGAGCCCCCAGCUGUCCUGCUCCGCCGGGCUGGGGGCGAGGGCCAUGACCAGGGGCCAGAUGGGGGCCCAGAGCUGGAGGCUGGCUCAGGCAACUUGGCCCGGAAGCAGCGGCGGCAGAAUCGGUCCUCUUGGAUCGACCCGCCCGAGGAGGAGCACUCACCCCAGCUCACCCAGGCUGAGCUUGAGAGCUGUAUGAAGAAGUAUGAGGACACGUUCCAGGACUACCAGGAGAUGUUCGUGCAGUUUGGCUACGUCGUGCUCUUCUCGUCUGCCUUCCCCCUGGCUGCGCUGUGCGCCCUGGUCAACAACCUCAUUGAGAUCCGCAGUGAUGCCCUCAAGCUGUGCACGGGGCUGCAGCGGCCCUUUGGGCAGCGGGUCGAGAGCAUCGGCCAGUGGCAGAAGGUGAUGGAGGCCAUGGGUGUCCUGGCAAUCAUUGUCAACUGCUAUCUCAUUGGCCAGUGCGGGCAGCUGCAGCGCCUCUUCCCCUGGCUCAGUCCCGAGGCGGCCAUUGUGUCCGUGGUAGUGCUUGAGCACUUCGCUCUGCUUCUCAAGUACCUCAUCCAUGUGGCCAUCCCUGACAUCCCAGGGUGGGUGGCCGAGGAGAUGGCCAAGCUCGAGUACCAGCGCCGGGAGGCCUUCAAGAGACACGAGCGCCAGGCCCAACACCGUUACCAGCAGCAGCAGCGGAGGCGACGGGAGGAGGAGGAGCGCCAGCGCCAUGCAGAGCACCAUGCCCGGCGGGAGCGUGACACCAGCGGCCGUGAGGAGACCCGGGCCGAGGGCUCCGGGUCGGACCCCGCUGCCCCUGAGAAGGCCUCAGCCAAGGCCAAGGGCAGUGGGGUGAGUGGCCACGGUUCUGAGCGGCCCAAGCGCCCAGGGUCCCUGCUGGCGCCCAACAAUGUCAUGAAGCUCAAGCAGAUCAUCCCGCUGCAGGGCAAGUUUUUGUCGUCAGGGGCCACGUCCUCAAUAGCAGGCACUGGGCCCGGCCCCACCACGCGGCCAACCCCUGCUCAGUCACCCACAGGCAGCGAUACCCGCCUGCCCGCCUUCCUCAGCUUCAAGUUCCUCAAGUCACCUGAGACCCGGCGGGAGCCCGAGCGCAGCCACUCGCCACCCAAGGCCUUCCAUGCCAGCAAGCUCUUCCCCUUUGGCAGUGGGGCCCGGGCUGAGGCCGGGGCCAAUGGGGUGGGCGGGCAGGUCCGGCUGGAUGGGACCCCUGGUGGUAGCAGUGGUGGUGGCAGUGGCGGUGGCGGUGGCGGUGGCGGUGGCAGCGGCUGGGCCCAGCGCAGUGGGCCUGCGGACGAGGCUGCGGCUGAGGAGCCAGAUGUCCUCCGGCCAGAAGAAGAAGGCUCAGGGACAGCACUGGCCCCAGUGAGCACCCCAGCCCUUCGCACCCGCAGCAGCCGAAGCCCCGUGCCAUCAACGCCAACGCCUCUGCCCAGGCCCCCAACACCGCCCGCCAGCUGUUGGCAGUGGGAUGGGCCUUGGGGCUGUGGAGGCGAAGGUGCUGCCCCCCGCCAGGCCCCUGCCACCAAUGCAGAGUGCCCGCCAUGUGCCCUGGCUGGGCCCCCGCCAGCCCCCCAGCCCCUGCCAGGUGACACCAGCUUCUACAGCCUUGCGCCUCUGCCUCUGCCACCAUCCUCUGAGCCCCCUGAGUCCCCUUCAGCCUCUCCCAGCCCCAGCCCCCAGGCUGCAUGCUGGCCAAGUGGCUGGCAUUAGCUCUGCCUGGCACCUUGCCUUCCUGUUCUCAUGCAAUAGCAGUCACCAAUGGGUGGCCACUGCCCAGAAAACAUGCUUUGGUCCUCUCAGCUCCCACUAUUGGCCUCCCCCUCCUGGGGUGAGGGCCUGUUCCCCCUAUCUGCCGUUUUCCUUUUGACUAGAAUGGGGAAAAUGAAACCCCCCCAAAACAACAAAACACACAGAACAGGCGAUUAUUUAUUUGUUUUUAAUUUAUUUUGUCAUAUUUUUGUAAAACGGCAGAAAUGCAAUAAAAAGUAUAUUUCAACAGUGCCUGAGGAUGGAGCAAUGGAAACACAGUUCAGGGGCCCCAGUGACUUGAGGCUGACACUGACUCUUGGGGCCUGGUAAGCCUGAGGUGGAUGUUCCUCCUAUUUUGUAACCUUGGUGCCUCCUCCUAAGAACUGGAUCUGGAGGCCACAUGAAAAACUCUGGACUGUACCACCUCUAAGACAGCCCAGAUUUUGGGGUCAACUCCAGGCCCCUGGGAGGAGCUACUGAGCCUGCUGUCUUCAGCCUCCUAAACAAAGGAAGAAAUCUCAAAUGCUGAAAAGACUCAGCUGUUUGGGUGCUAGGUCUGGGUCCUGAGCUGCAACCCUGCAGGGUGACUGGGCCGACACUGUUUCCCUUAUCAGUUGCACUUCCUGGUACACCCACCUCCUAGGCUGCCAUUUCAGGAGCCAGGGGUGGUAGGAAGAAGUUGGGGCAUGAAAAUCGGAAGGCACCUUGCCCCCGAGUUGAAAUGUUGAGGGGAUGGUGCAUUUUG